GAAAGCUAUUGCCAAGUCCAGCCUCCAGCACAUGGUAGCCCAGCCAAACCCUGUGCUAGCCCUGAGGAGUGACUCGGAGAGGCAGAUACGCAGCACUGUGGACUGGAGUGAGACUGCGGUCUACGGGGAGCACAUCUGGUUUGAGACCAAUGUCUCUGGGGACUUCUGCUACGUUGGGGAGCAGAACUGUAUGGCAAAGCUGCUGCAAAAACCUCUCUCGAGGCGUAAAUGUGCAGCCUGCAAGAUCGUAGUGCAUACACCCUGCAUCGAACAGCUGGAGAAAAUAAAUUUCCGCUGCAAACCUUCCUUCAGGGAAUCAGGAUCCCGGAACGUAAGGGAGCCCAUAGUUGUCCGGCAUCACUGGGUACAUCGGAGGCGGCAGGAAGGCAAAUGCCGGCAGUGUGGCAAGGGUUUCCAGCAGAAAUUUGCCUUCCACAGUAAAGAGAUUGUAGCCAUCAGCUGUUCCUGGUGCAAGCAAGCGUAUCACAGCAAAGUGUCUUGUUUCAUGCUGCAACACAUCGAAGAGCCCUGCUCCCUGGGGGCUCAUGCUGCUGUCGUCGUUCCUCCCACCUGGAUUCUGCGGGUCCGACGGCCCCAGAAUCCACUGAAAUCUAGUAAGAAGAAGAAGAGGACAUCAUUCAAGCGUAAAUCCAGCAAAAAGGGGGCUGAGGAGGGGAGGUGGAAACCCUUUGUCAUCAAGCCCAUGCCAGCUCCUCUUAUGAAGCCCUUGCUGGUGUUUGUGAACCCCAAGAGUGGUGGGAAUCAGGGAGCCAAGAUCAUCCAGUCCUUCAUGUGGUAUCUCAACCCACGGCAAGUUUUUGACCUCAGCCAGGGUGGACCCAAGGAGGCGCUGGAGCUGUACCGCAAAGUCCACAACCUCCGGAUCCUGGCGUGCGGGGGAGAUGGCACGGUGGGCUGGAUACUCUCCAUUCUGGACGAGUUACGCCUCAAUCCACCUCCUCCUGUGGCCAUCCUACCUUUGGGGACAGGGAACGACUUGGCCAGGACGCUGAACUGGGGUGGGGGUUACACAGAUGAGCCUCUCUCCAAGAUCCUGUCGCACGUGGAAGAUGGGAACAUUGUGCAGCUCGAUCGCUGGAAUCUCCAUGUGGAGCCAAACCCUGAUGCGAAUCCUGAGGAAAAGGAUGAGGUGGCCACUGACAAGCUCCCCUUGGAUGUCUUUAAUAACUAUUUCAGCCUUGGCUUUGAUGCGCGGGUGACUCUGGAGUUCCACGAAUCCCGAGAGGCCAACCCAGAGAAGUUCAACAGCCGGUUUCGGAAUAAAAUGUUCUAUGCUGGGACGGCUUUCUCCGACUUCCUCACAGGGAGCUCCAAAGACUUAGCGAAGCACGUCAAGUUGGUUUGCGAUGGGACAGACCUGACCUCCAAGAUCCAGGACCUGAAGCCCCAGUGCCUGGUCUUCCUGAACAUCCCCAGAUACUGUGCAGGCACCAUGCCCUGGGGCAACCCUGGGGAGCACCAUGACUUCGAGCCACAGCGCCACGAUGACGGCUGCAUUGAAGUGAUUGGCUUCACCAUGACAUCCCUGGCUGCCUUGCAGGUCGGUGGCCACGGGGAGCGGCUGUGCCAGUGCCGGCAGGUGGUUCUCACCACGUCCAAGGCCAUCCCCAUGCAGGUAGAUGGAGAACCCUGCAAGCUGGCGGCUUCCUGCAUCCACAUCUCCCUGCGCAACCAAGCUAACAUGGUGCAGAAGACCAAGCGGCGCAACUCCAUGCCUCUGCUCAAUGACCAGCAGCCAGUGCCCGAGCGGCUGCGGAUCCGGGUGAGCCGAAUCAGCAUGCGCGAUUACGAGGCACUGCACUAUGACAAGGAAAAGCUCAAGGAAGCCUCUGUGCCGCUGGGGAUCAUUGUGGUUCCAGGAGACAGCGACCUGGAGUUGUGCCGGACCCAAAUCGAGAGGCUGCAGGAGGACUUCCCUCCACAGCCCUCUGCUUUAGAGCGCCUGCUCUUACAGGAGGGAGAUGGAGCCAAACCGAAGACACUGUCAUCCCAGAAGCUGUCGCCCAAGUGGUGCUUCCUGGACUCAACCACAGCUGAUCGGUUCUACAGGAUAGACCGCGCACAGGAGCACCUUAACUAUGUGACAGAGAUCUCUCAGGAUGAGCUCUAUGUGCUGGACCCAGAGCUAGUGAUCACCCAGACUGUGGGCACCUCUCCUGCUAUGCCUGACCUCGUUGACUCAUCUGCCGCACCCACUGGGCACCAUUUUGCAUUCCCCUCCUCCUCGUCCUCCCCACCCUCCUCUCCUGCCCCCAGCACUGAGCCUGAACACUGCCUCCCGCACAAAGAUGGCCUUCUGAUAGAAGCUGCCAAGAGUGGUGACUUCAGCAAGUUCCAAGAGCUGCAUCGGGCUGGAAGAGACCUGAUGGUGCGAGACUCCUCGGGCCAGACCGUCCUCCACCAUGCUGUCAAAUCAGGGAGCAAGGACAUCGUCAAAUACAUCAUCGAGAACGCCCCAUCAGAAAUCCUUGAUGCCACGGAGGAGGAGAAUGGCGAAACCAGCUUGCACCAGGCUGCAGCCUUACGCCAGCGCACUAUCUGCCACUACAUCGUGGAGGCCGGGGCUUCGCUCAUGAAGACGGACCUGCAGGGAGACACCCCCAAGCACCGGGCUGAGAAGGCCAACGACCCCGACUUAGCUGCCUACCUCGAGAACCGACAGCACUACCAGAUGAUCCAGAGGGAGGAUCAAGAGACAGCUGUGUAGUGCUCGGUGUGCCUUAGCCCACGCCAGCUCAGGCAGGAUGACAAGAGGAUGAUGGCAACUGGCAGAGCUGUGAGUCUGCCCCAACCCUCCUAGAUGUCAACCUGGUCCCCGGAGGAGAUGGAGACAGCAGAGCUCUGCCCCAGGCUGGGCUGGGACUCUGUUUAGGAGGACAGUGGGUAUUUGGGACUUGAAGCCUGGCUCUUUGUGUCCCCCCUCCAUCACCCCUCAUCCACCACAUUCCCUGC